CACAAACUUCGAUUUUUCUUUUUAGAAAAUUCAAAACGUCAAAUACAAAGUUUGAAUUUUGAAUUCAAAUCUCGUCCACCGCCAUCUAUUUCUUUUUGCAUUCACAAGAGACCAUGAUGAUCCUACCAUCAUCUUUGUCGGGCAUCCAUCCGCCACAGACCCAUCCGUGGGUCGAAACGGUCAGGAUUCCAAUGGCCCUAUCGGCGGCUUCCAAUAAUGAGGCACUGGUGACUUGCAUUGCCCGUGGCGGUGCCGCGGCCGUGGAACUCUUUGCCCGGCAUCAUACAUCCACAUUGGAUCUCGGACGGGUCCGUAUGAGACUGGAUGGACUGCAAGUCUAUGCCACAUUGACGGCCCUCUUGACCAAUGGAUGUCUGCGCUUGUACUCUUCCACCAACUCACCCAAACAAGAAACAGAAUUGUCAUGGACCGAUCGAAGAGCGCUCGAUUGCUUUUACAGUGCCACCGCCAUUUCCAUUUUGUCGGGAUCGUACACGACCAUUGUUUUUGGGUUGAUCUCCUUGUACUCCAAAACAGCUCUUGGAAGAGGAUUGGACGAACCAUUUCUCGCAUUUUGGGCCGCCACAACCAACAUUCGAGAAAGUGCCUUGGAGUCCUUCUUGUGGAGUUUGGUCUCUUUUGAAUUGGCAUUUAUUUUGUCUCUCUUCAUUCGAUUUACUGGAAAACGACGGAUACGCUUGGUGUGUCUGGCAUGUAUUCUGUCGUGUCUUUCCUUUUCUCGAUGGACCCAAAUCAUGAUUCUCGCAGCCAAGCAUUUGUUUCCGUUGCGAGCAGAGACGCAGUUUUGAGUUACUGACUGCAUGCAUGGAAGCGUCAAUCUACUACCCGCAUGAAGUUGCAGCAAUAAGCAUCAGCCACGGGCAUGGCAAGACCAUCGAUGAAUCAAUCCGUCAGGUGUUGAGAAUUUUCCUGUAACAGGCCUGAAGGUUUUUCUUGAAGGUUUUGGUGAUUGCUUCAGCUACAAAGGAUGGUUGAGAUUUGCCCUGUAGGCACCCUCUUGCCGCUUCAGGUGGAACUACUCCUGGUAGAUGAGACAAUUGGAUAAGUCCUAGCUAGCUAGCCAGAUAAAUUUCAGGAGCAAUUGCUACGCCUACUUACCACUUGGCUUGGCCGUUGAGUAAUAGUGAUGUUUGAUUGGAUC